UGCACUGGUGACCAGUUAGUUUAGUUGGUUCCCUGAGAAACAGCUUCUCCCCCGACCCUCAAAGCGGACCACAUGCUCCGACCCCUGACCGAAAAGGACAUCCGGGAACUUGUUUGACCUGCACAGGUGCAGCUCUACCUGGCGGAGCUCUGAGCGCGAGCUCGGCUCGUUCCUGGGUGUUUUUGUGGGGACAAACAAACGCAGAGCGACCUGUUCGGAGGCUGAGCCUUUGAUUAAACCGACGGUCACCUGCUGGCGGCUCCACAGGUACAACCGAACUCUUUCAACCGGAAAAAGUAUCCCAGGAGCGCCGUUCUUAGCCAGUUUCCGCGCGCCUCUCGUGCGCGCGCUCUCCGUUUGGACUAAUCGGAUCUGUUGCGCUGCGUAAAGAGGAUCUGCGGCGCGUCCCGAGCUGCAGGUGCGUCGCCGCUCCGUAAACAAGCCGCGGUUUCGACGCACGUCGAUACCGACCGACCGGAUAGGUGGGUGUGACGCAACCCAGCAGGAGCAGACAGGUGCUCCGGGGUCCGCGUGCCGCCGUAGACUCCAGGCAUCUUCAGCUGAAACCCCACGACCGAGGAGCCAUGAGCACGCUGUCCAGCGACAGGAAGCCGCUCGUGGAUUACGGCGUUCAGAUCCGCUUCAUCAAAGACCUGCACGACACGGGCGGAGGUUUCCCCGAUAAAUCCAGGGGAGGCGCCGGCGCGGCCCCGCCCUCCAACAAGUACGGCGUGGCCGUGCGGGUUCAGGGAAUCUCGGGUCAGCCCUACGUGGUUCUGAAGGAUGGAGACAAGGGGGACUCGUAUGGAGUACAGCUCACCGCCCCCACCCCUGAGGGGUACAGCACCCUCCCCAAACCAAAGGAACCGGCAGAAGUCCCCAAACGGUACAGCCCCACUGAGAGCGUCCCACCAUCCCCUGCUCCACCUGUGGAGGAUGAAGAGGCGGAGAAUUUUGGGAGUCCUCUGAGGAGGCCUCCGGGGGACGGUCAGGCGGGAACACAAGGGGACGAGGAGCGAGGAGGUGGGAGGAGCAGAGACGGGGAAAGGCCCAAACCUGAGCCCAAGGCAACGUUCGGCAGAAUGGAGAAAACACCCGGACGGACUGUCCCGGAGGAGUACAACGAAGCCGGCCUGAAACCAGUCUGGUCUAGUCUUGGACCCAGGAAGUUUACCCCAAGUGGGCCGAGCCUCACCAGCUCUUUGGGGAGGUACCAGGAGAAGAAAGCGCCUCCCCCUUCCCCGCAGCAGCCCCGGCCAGAACCUCCUGCUGCAGCCCGUGGGGAUCCCGCUGCAGCCAUCGACACCAACUCCCUGGCCCCAAUCAAUAAACUCAUCAGCAAGUUCAACAGCGGAACACCGGGGGGCGACCCCCCGCAGACCCGCGGCCGCUCUGGAGCCCGGCAGAGGCUCAACUUCGACGAGCGCACCAGAUCCAGAAGCCUUGAUGCAAGAAAAAACUCAGAACCAGAGGUUCUGCCUCCUCCCUCGUCUUCCUCUGUGGGCACGAACGAAGAGGCUCCGCCUCCACCCUCCAGUUUUCUAAAGCCUUUGGCUCCGGUUAAAGGAAGCGUGGGAAACGGACCGGCAACCGUGGCCAAGGAGACGGGCCUGAAGGCGGGCCUCAGUCCACCAGAGAAGUCUGUUGCCAAGGAAACGGUUCCUGCAACGAAGCCUGUGGUUCCUUCCAAGAGUUUUAUCCAAAACGCAGACGCUGUAGAUGGACACGAGGGUCGACUCAAGCACGCCAUCUACGGCAUCCUGAAAGACGGCUCCAGCGAGAGCGAAGCGUCGCUGAGGAGGAAAGUCGACCUGGUGUGCGAGACGACCGACCGCCUUAAGAGGAGGGGAUCUGAUGGGAUCAUCAGAGCGGCGCCGCUCGAGGAGCAGCUCCAACUUUGCAGAAAGGACCUGCAGCAGACGCAGAACGAGCUGUCUGCAGAGCGGAAGGCCAGAGACGCAGCAGAGUCCCGUCUGCUCCUGCAGGAGGAUCAGCUGGCUCAGCUGCAGGAGGAGCUGAGGAGAGUCUCUGAAUUCCCCCCCCAAGCGGGCUCCACGCAGACGGAUGUGAUGGUCCUGCAGGGGCAGCUGGCCGAGGUCACCGUGCUGCACCAGCGGCAGGAGGAGGUGCUGCACCAGCGGGAGCGGGAGCUGACGGCCCUGAAGGGGGCGCUGAAGGAGGAGGUGGAGUGCCACGACAGGGAGAUGGAGUGUCUGAGGGAGCAGUACAGUCAGGACAUGGAGAACCUGAGGAGGACCAUGGAGCAGUUCACACAGUCCCAGGAGCAGAUCGAGGAGGAGCGUGAGAGGGUGAACGCCUCUGUGUCCGUGCUGGAGGAGGAGCUGGAGAGCUGCAAAGAUCAGGGCGAGCGGUGGAGGACGGAGCUGCAGGUCGUCACGGAGCAACUUAAAAAGUCUCAUUUGGAGAAGAAAAAAGUGGAAGAGGAACUCAAAGAUCUUCAGGACUCCCAGCCUUCAACAGGAAAAGACUCUUCUGCAGAGACCCGAUCUCUAAAAGAUGAGCUCCGGCGUUGCCAUGACGACCUGAAGCAAACUCGCGCCCAUCUGGACAGACAAAAGGCCGAGCUGGAGGAGAAGAAUGAGGCUCUCGGCGCCCUGAAGAAGGCGAGCGGAGAGAAGGAGGCGGAGCUGCAGGCCGAGAUCCGCCGUCUGAAGGAGCAGUCGGAGAGCGACAAGGAGGAGCUUGAGAAGGCCCUCGAAAGGGCAAACGAGGCGUCCUCUGCCGCACAGACGGCGGUGGACCAGGGCGCCGCGCUGGAGCUGCAGGAAACCAACCUUCGCCUCCGAGAGCGGCUGGCCCGCAUGUCCAAACUCCCACGGAGCUCUGACCCCAGCGAGGAGCUGGAUGCGCUCGAGGACGAGAACCGGGCUCUGAAGUCUCAGCUGGAGGACGCCAAAAGAGGCGCCGGCCGCCUCGCCAAAGAGAGGGACGAACUGAGCCGCCGGCUGGAGGAGCGGGAGCUGGAGCGGGAGGUCCUGAAGAAGGGCAAGGUGGACCUGGAGGAGCAGAAGAGGCAGCUGGACCGAGCGCUGGAGAAGAUCACCAAGGAGAUGGAGAUGAUGAUGGCGGAUUCCCGGCAGUCCGUGGCCACCCUGCAGACGCAGCUGGACGACUUCCGGGAACGCUCCAGGAAGGAGCUGCUGGAGGCUCAGCGGAACGCCAAGGACCGGCAGGCGGAGCUGCAGAGGGCGCAGGCCCACCUGAAGGGCCAGCAGGAGGAGGUGUCCCGUCUGAAGAAGGAGCUCCUGACCUGCAGCGAGGACCGAGACGGCGCCCAGCUGGAGCGCGACCUCCUCAGCAACCGCCUGAAGCACCUGGAGAGCGAGCUGGAGUCCGAGAGGAGCUCCCACUCCGACAGAAGCCGGGAGAUCCGAGGUCUGGAGGACAAGAUCAAAACUCUGGAGAUUGAGCUGGACGAGGAGAGGAACAGCGUGGAGCUGCUGAACGACAGGAUCACCCGCAGCAGAGAGCAGGUCGACCAGCUCCGCUCGGAGCUCAUGCAGGAGCGUUCCGCCAGGCACGACUUGGAAAUGGACAAGAGCGCCCUGGAGCGACAGGUGAAGGAGCUGAAGUCCCGCCUGGCGGACAUGGAGGGGCAGGCGCGACCCUCCGCCGGACUCUCACUGCUGGAAACCAAACUGCAGGAGACGGAGGACAGACUACGCAGCGAGGAAAGAGAAAAAGCUACGAUCCAGGCGUCUCUGAGACGGACGGAGAGGAAACUGAAGGACGUGACGGCGACGCUGGACCAGGAGAGGAGCCAACAUGUGGAGCAGCGGGAUCAGCUGUCCCUGCGUGUUAAGGGUCUGAAGCGACAGGUGGAUGAGAGCGAAAGCGAGGUGGAGCGCUUGGAGGGCGUCCGCCGCAAAAUCCUGAGGGAGCUGGAGGAGCAGCAGGAGCUGCAGGAGGCCCUGCAGGCCAAAGUCACGGCGCUGGAGAACGAGCAGAAGAGGAAGUCCCAGCUCUCGUAUCGCCCCGCCCUCAGCUCCGCCCACUUCAGUUCAGAGGAGGAGGAGGACGGAUUCCCUGACUCCAGCCUCUCCUCCCUCCUGCACGAGAGCAGCCUGCAGACCAGCAGCUGCUAGGAGGAGGCGGGGCUCUGAGAGGAGACGCAUGGGGAGGAUCGACUGCUGGUGCUUCUGUCGCUCUUCCUCUCAGCUCUUUUGUCUUAGGUUAGAACUUCUUCUGCUGAUCUAUUUGAACCACAUCUACGUUGUGGUUCUGCAGAACAGCUGUGGUGGCACGUCUCCACGGCGGGGUUUGAGCCUUUCAGCCGUGUGUGUGUUUGUGUGUGUUUUGUGUUGUUUGCAGCUCUGUUUUUGUACUUGAAAGAAAGAAAAAAGUUUUUUUUUUUAUUUAAAAUCUGUUGAACGUUGAACUUUUGGGCCAAAAACGGAGCCGAUUUCUUUUUUUUUAACCAUCAUCUCUGUGUUACGACAGAGACGUGGAAGAAAAUGUUCUUUUACUGAGAGUUUCAUUCAAAGGUGAAUUCUUUUGCACAUCCUAAUUUAAAUACCUUCAAAUAAGCUCCUGUCUGCGUUUCCUCGCCACGCCGGCGCCGCUGCUUUGGUGGACUUUAAGGUUCUUUUUUUUGUCUUUCUUUGAGGCAUUCUUGACAUCAGACUCCCGGCACAUCUCUGUGAAGCACGUGGCUGUAAUGAAGGUUAAAUGUGAUUCAGUAAUUAUGUUUGCAUGAACUUCUUGCACUAAAGCGAGGAAAGGAAGCGACUGGCUUUGAUUUGUUUUAUUGAGGCUGGGAAGGACUUUUGUAUAAAAUGUUUGCUGAAUUUUCCAUUAAGAUUUGGUUACAUUUAAAAAAAAAAGAAUGAAUGAAUGAAGUUUCCUGGUUUUCUUUCUACCUCAUGAGGUUGCAGCUCCUCAGAACAUGUCCUCUGUUUAAAAGCAUCAAGAAAAGAGGAUUUCAGCUCAAAGGUUCGCUUAAAACGAGACUCGAUGCUGAAUUUUCAUGGGAAACAUGGACUCACUGGCUGUAAAAUCUGGACCCGACACUUUGGUUUCAAACCUUUCAUUCAUUUUGCUGCUGCAGGUCAGCAGAUAAACUGUCGACAGGAACCUUUAUGUCAUCGAUGAGAGACUCACUCUGAUGAUGGAGGAUGUAGAAAAAGAAAAUUAAGCUUAAAAUUCCCUCCAUUUCUUUAUUCUGCAGAAACUGUCCUAGGAAACAACACAGGUUUUUUGAUUGUGGCUAAAAACGACAUCAUCAUUAUAAAAAAAAACACCGGGAAUGCUGGGAAAAUGCAUCAGAAGAUGAUGGGAGCGGCUACAAAAAUGCAGAAUUGUCUUUAGGCUGUGGCCCCGUCCUGAAGCACCGUUCUGCCCCGCCUGCAUGGGCUGACGGGUUCUGCCAUCACAGGGGCCCAAACCCAAGACGAAGACGGAACCAAACGCUCAGAAACCUUCGGGUCAUCCAAAAGAAAAAUGUGUGCAGAUCCUGCCUCUGUGCUCAAACUGUGUUUGAAAUGCGUGACUCGGCUUUAAGGCAGUUUAAUAAACGUGCUUUUGGUUUUGUU